UACAAAUCUUGAAAAAACCCUACACAGGAUCGACUGUAUACUGUGCAGGACUGUACUAAUACCGCCCGCCACUAUCAUUCCGACGCCGAUGAUUCGAUCACUUCUGUCGACCAGCAACCGCCGCGGCAUCGCUCUCCUCACUGCCCGUGGAAUUUCAUCCACGCCUUAUCUCAGCGGAUCAUGGAUGGACAAGAUCAAAGGAAUCAUUUCGGGAGAAAAAUCCGCCAAGCCCGCCGAACCCGCCGACUCCUUCACCCUUCUUUGGUUCGCCGACCAGAUGGGGAAAGCGAGGAAGUUGGGGGCGCUAAAGAAAUUCGUCGGUGGAGGAGGGGGCAACGAAGCCGCUUUUAUUGAGAAGCAGGAGGCCGUUCUCAGAUUCCUCGGUGGUUGUGAUCCUUCCGGUCAGAACAUUCAAGCUAGUCAAAAGAAAGAGGCUGCAAAAAACUGUAACUGCACUGUUGCAGAUGUUGAAGUUGCCUUAGCAAAGUUUACAUGGGCAAAACAGGCACAGAAGAAGAUUGAACAGCUAAAGGCAGAAGGCAAACCAAUGCCAAAGAACAUUGAAGAGGUUCAAAAAUUAGUGGGAUCAUCCCCAUUGGAAGCUGUACGAUCGAACUUGUCUCAGAGUGGGCAAAUAAGUCGGAAUUCUCCUUGUCCUUGUGGUUCUAGAAAAUUGUACAAAAGGUGCUGUGGGAAGGACAACAAUUGAAGAUGAAACUGAUAUGUUAGAGAUGACGGCGGUUGAAUUGCAGGAACCAAAUGGCCACUCAUUGUAAGAUUGCGGCAAUAAUCUUUACUUCUGAACUUGUUUCAUCGCAAUCGCCACCGGUGCAAAGCAGGUGAUACUGUUUUGCUUGAGAUCAGUUUAGCUUAGACCUAGAAAUUCGUUUUGAGUUGAGCUAGCAGUGGUGAACAAGGAAAAUUGAAAUUUAUCAUCUUAAA